AUGUUUUUCGAGUGGCUGUCAAAGCAGAUGAUUCAUGAGGGGAUAAGCCAGUCAAUUUUGGUAAGUGGAGAGAGUGGAGCUGGCAAGACAGAAAGCACAAAAAUGCUUAUGCAAUAUCUUGCAUAUAUGGGAGGGCGAGCUGCAGCUGAGGGAAGGAGUGUAGAGCAGCAAGUCCUUGAGUCAAAUCCAGUUUUAGAAGCCUUCGGUAAUGCUAAGACAGUCAGAAACAACAACUCAAGUCGUUUUGGUAAGUUUGUGGAGCUCCAGUUUGAUAAAAGGGGGAGGAUCUCCGGUGCUGCGAUCAGAACAUAUCUGCUGGAACGAUCCCGUGUUUGUCAAGUUUCUGAUCCUGAGAGAAAUUAUCACUGCUUCUAUUUGCUUUGUGCUGCACCACCUCAGGAUGUUGAAAAAUAUAAAGUAGGGAACCCAAGGACAUUUCACUAUCUGAACCAAUCAAAUUUUUUUGAACUAUCUGGAGUGGAUGAGUCAGAGGAAUACCUGGCAACGAGGAGGGCCAUGGAUAUUGUUGGGAUCAGUCACGAUGAGCAGGAUGCUAUUUUUAGAGUAGUGGCUGCAAUUCUUCACUUGGGGAACAUUGAAUUUGCAAAGGGAACAGAAACUGAUGCUUCAGAACCUAAGGAUGAUAAGUCUCGGUUCCAUCUAAAGAUUGCAGCUGAACUAUUCAUGUGUGAUGAGAAGUCCCUUGAGGACUCCAUGUGCAAACGUGUCAUGGUAACUCGUGAUGAGACCAUUACAAAGUCCCUUGAUCCAGAAGCUGCAGCUCUAAGUAGAGAUGCUUUAGCCAAGAUAGUCUACUCAAGAUUGUUUGAUUGGAUAGUGAACAAGAUCAAUAACUCUAUUGGCCAAGAUCCUGAUUCAUCUUUAUCAAUUGGUGUUCUAGAUAUUUAUGGAUUUGAGAGUUUCAAGACAAACAGGUGCUUAACUGGUAUGCUUUUGUUUUCAUCAUUCACAUAGGUUAAGUUCUUAACUUCUUGCAGAGUUCUGGAUGAAAGUUCUGUUCUGCCAAUGUGGAUUUUUUGGAAUUGAAUG